CUUCUAUCGAUAAAAAUGCGGCCAAGCUACAACGUGAUAGGGGACAUCCUAAUAAGACGCUCGAUUGGCAGAGGUCCUAUUUCUACGUUAAAUGCGAUGGUUCUGCCUUCGAGGACCCUCCAGACGAUGACUACCGUGUCUUGUGGAACACUUUGCUUGCCGACCAUCCGACUUCUCGCGAAUCCCCGGAAGAGUUUCUUGCGAACGCUCGUGCUAUUGCGAGACUCGCUCAAGAGCACUGGGGGAAUAUUUCUUGGGAAAGGGUUCGCCGUUCGAUCGACCGUAUUUCCAGGAGCGGUUCCAACUCACAGCGUUGUGGCUGGACUAGGAGCGAUAGAAGGAGUAGUGAUGGAGAUCAUUAUCACCUUCGCUUUGGUCUACAGUGUCUACGCCACCGCCGCUGAUCCCAAGAAAGGUUCUCUUGGAACCAUCGCUCCUCUAGCCAUUGGUCUCAUUGUUGGUGCCAACAUCCUCGCUGCUGGUCCAUUCUCCGGUGGAUCCAUGAACCCAGCACGUUCAUUUGGACCAGCUGUUGCAGCUGGAGACUUCUCUGGUCACUGGGUCUACUGGGUGGGACCACUCAUCGGUGGUGGACUCGCUGGACUUAUCUACGGAAAUGUUUUCAUGUCAUCUUCCGAACAUGUGCCUCUUGCAUCUGACUUCUAAGCAUAUAAAAUGCGAUGAUUCUUGAUUUAUAUUUCUGUGUAUGAUUUCUUUGUCGUCUCUCGAUUGAUAUGUUGCUUUGUUUGGAGUUUGGUCCCGUUUCGUUGUAAUUGUUUAUCCAAUAUGUAUGAAUAUCAUUUAAUGGAAGGCUAUUUGGUU